AUCUCCCCCCAGCCAAGAUGAAGCGGCUCUGCGAGGAGAGCUCGUCCGACACGGAGUCUGACGGCACCAUCGACGUGGGCCGGGAGGAGGAGUACAGCCAUGUUUCCAGGUCUGUGUCUCCUACCACGACAUCUCAAAUACAAGCCAGGAAGAAGAGGAGAGGGAUCAUCGAGAAGCGGCGCCGUGACCGCAUCAACAGCAGCCUCUCGGAGCUGCGGCGCCUGGUGCCCACGGCCUUUGAGAAGCAGGGGUCUUCCAAGCUGGAGAAGGCAGAAAUUCUCCAAAUGACAGUGGAUCACUUAAAAAUGCUUCAUGCCACAGGAGGAACAGGCUUCCUGGAUGCCCGGGCUCUGGCUGUGGAUUACAGAAGCAUCGGUUUCCGUGAGUGUCUCACCGAAGUUGUCAGGUACCUGGGCAUCCUCGAGGGUCAAAACGCUGCCGACCCCAUCCGGCUGCGACUCCUCUCCCACCUCAAUAAUUACGUGGCCGAAAUGGAGCCUUCACCCGUGGCCACGUCCCUGCUGCCCAUCCAGACGUGGCCGUGGUCAUUCCUGCACGGAGCCGCCGGCCCUGUGCAGAUCCCCAGGAGGGAGGCUGCUCCUGCUCCGCUUGUUUUGACUGCAUCUUCCCUGGCUUACCCCAGCCCUGCAGUGAGGCCGGCCCCUCUCCGCCGUGUCCCCGGUGAGAUGCUGCCGUCCCGCCGGAGCUUUUUGGCCAGCAGGAUGGGCUCGUCGAGCAGGAGGGCUCGGGGUGCCAGCUCGGCCACAGCCGUGCCAGCCGUGCCCAGGAUGCCUUCGCCAGCGGGAGCACUGAGAGAGGGCUCAUCCAAGAGCAGCCAAAUCGCCACAUUCCUCUUCUCCCCAGCCUCUGCCGGCAUCCCUGUGCCGCCAGCUUAUGCAACACCUCCUGUUUUGGGCGCUGCCCCGCAGGGACCAGGGAUCAGGGUUGGGACAUCCAGGAUCUGCCGCUCCUGGGCGACGGAAAUCGGGGCUUUCUGACCCUCCCUUCCCCUCCGGAGACGGGAGUUCUUCAGCGCUCAUCGCCCACAGGGCUGAGAACAAACUCGGUUGAAAAAGGCAUCUUUCCUGCUUUGCAGAAGCCAAGGAUCCGUAGAGAAAAUUCUCUCUGCUCUUCCCUCCCUCCUCGCACCGCCCUCCUCGCCUCACCACCACGGCUCCUCUCCCUCGUGAAGCCUGCAAAUGUAAAUCACAUCCAGUUCCAUGCACUUGUCUGCACGAGGCCACGCUCCAGACCCUUCUGGCUACGAGGGAGGGGGCACACGCAGAUUCCCAACCCCAUUCCUCCUCCAGCAAACCCCUCUGCAGAACUCAGCCUUGCUCUCCUUUGGAAAACAGCCAGCCUUGAAAUACUGUCUUUAUUUCCCCGGGGACUCGGAGCUGCCAGCCAGACUUGCUCGUGCUGAUUCCCUGCGAUGCAUCCCUCAGCUGCAGCACCUAAUUUUGGUUGUGGUGGGAUGGACACGGCUCACACCCUGUGCCCAGCACUGCUGGCACCCACGAGGCAGGCUCCAGCCCUCCCCCCAGCUCCCAAAAAGAACUGGCUGCCUGCUAAUCCCCGUGCUUUCCUCUCUGCAUUACCAGCUUUUCCCACUUAUGUGCCCUUAAGGUGGAGUGAGGCAGCGGCUUAGCAGGGUUCGUUCCCACAGCCCUGCUGAAAUCCUGCUGUGGCUGCAGGGCCUGUGCUGAGUU